AUGCUUCUAAAAGUUGGAACUAGGGCGAGCCCGCUUGCCAUUGCGCAGGUUAAAGCUGUUAUUUGUAAAAUUCAAGAAAAUUUUUCAGAUAUAAAAUGUGAGAUAGUGAAAAUUCAAACGACCGGUGAUAGAUUAUAUCAGGCUGAUUUGCAUUUGCUUGGAGGCAAGGGAUUAUUUCUUAAAGAAAGAGAAAUGCAACUAAUAUCAAAGGAAAUUGAUAUAGCCGUACAUUCUAUGAAAGAUGUGCCGGCUAUUAUUCCAAAAGAGUUAGUUAUAGAUUGUGUUUUAGAAAGAGAAGAUCCGAGAGACGUUUUUAUAUCUCUGAAUGUCAAAUCACUAGAGGAACUUCAUGAAGGAGCAGUAGUCGGAACAUGCUUAAGCAGAAGACGAGCUUUCUUGCAGAAAUUCUAUAAGCAAGUCAAAGUUCAAAAUAUCAGAGGCAGGGAGCUAGGUGUAGAAUGUCGCAUAGAUGAUAGCAGAGUCCUGAAGUCAAUUAAUCAUGCAAAGACUUACUGCUGUGUCUUGGCUGAAAGAACACUUAUGAAGGCAUUUGGUGGAUUGUUCAACUCCAACUGCUGUUUAUGCUAA